AGAGGAAGCUGGAGCUGCACUCAGGGCCAGCGCUGUGGGCUCUGUCCCUCUGCAGCUCAGGCAGGGGGAGCUGCAUGGCAGCUGGCUGCAUCGUGUGGCUGCCCUGUUUCUGCCGUCACCUGUUGCAGCAGCUCUGCUAUGUGCUUUCUGCUGGAGGCUGCUUUCUGCUGCAGGUCGUGGAUUGUCUGUCUGUGUCUACUGAGCUGCUGUAAGUUUUGCAUCUCCCGGGCCUUGGUGGCUGCCAGCACCUCCUGCUGCUGUGCCAGGCUGCGCUGCAAGGUCUGGUUCUGCUCCUUCUGAGCCCUCAGCUGCAGAAAGGUUCCACAUGAGUAGAGGCCACAGUGCUGUGCCACUGCUGCUUCCUGUGCCCUCCCCCUGAGGAUUCCAGCUCCCUGCUGCAUGGGCUUUGUUGCAGGCAGUGGGGCGCCCGGUGUGCCAGGCUGAGCCCCCCCCUAGUGCCCCCAAGCUUGGCUUGCUGCCUACCUGCUCCUCCAGGGCUUGGAGUUGCUCUUGGCUCUUCUGUAGUUCCUGUUUGGCAUGGGCAGCAGCAUGCCACUGGCUCAGCUCCCUCUGGAGCCACACUGCCAGCUCCCUGCAAGCAUGGCCACAACUGGAGCAGCCCUGGGUCCCCUCCCUCUAAAGAGAAGGCACGGGGCAGGAGUCUGCCUGUGCUGGGGCAUGGUGCCCACAUACCUGCUUUCUGCUGCCACCUGUGGUGCUUGCGGCUCCACUAUGCUGCUGUCAGCUGGGUGCUGUGUGCUGCUCCUUGCACAAGAGCAUGGUUGUUCCUCUGUGCGCUGCAUGGUGCUCCCUGCACAUGGCCACAGCUGUUCCUCCUUGUGCUGUGGGUGGCUCUGAGCUGCCAGUGACCGUGCUGGGACCUGGGCUGCUUGAGACAGGGCUGCUUGGUGGCACUGCCUUCUGCCCUGGGCUUCUGAGUAAAGAGGGGCAGGGCUCAACCCUGCAUCGCAGAUCUGGGGCACUGACUCUCCUCAGAGCUCCUGGGCUGCUUCCUGCUGCACUCAGGGCCCUGUGUGCCAUGGGCCAUGUGCUACCUGCUCACCUCUCCAGAACUGUCUGGGACAACACCGCGCUGUAACUCUGCAACCGGUGAUGCCUCACAUGCACAGGGACCCUUCUCAUUCUCCCUUACAUUGCACCAGGAUACCCUGAGUGCUGCUACAGCACAUGAGCGUGGCAGCCCUGAGCUCCAUGCUGGAGCUGCCAGAGCAGCAGGCUGCAGGCCCCACUUGUCCUGGCCCCAUUAACAUAGAUGUUCCUCUCUGUGACCUCCUACCUUCCUUAGUAGUUCUGUGCCCUGUUGAUGACAUGUUCUGUGCCCAGCACUGAUGCUCUUUGAUUGCCCACUUCUUCCUGUGGUGCUUUGACCCUGCUUGCACGGUCACCUGUGGGAGCAGCACAUCGGGGCACUGCCUGCCAGCUCCUGGUGGUCCGCACGCUGGCACUGUGCCUGAGGCACGGACCUGCUCAAGUUGCUCUGUGUGCUCCUCCAGGAGAUCAUCACUGGUACUGGAACUACUGCAGGAAUCUGCAGAGGUGGCAUCUGUCUGAGCUGCGUCCUUCUGGCUCUGUGGAUAGGUGCAGCGCUGUGUGUGGGACCCCAGCAGAGUGCACUGUGCCAUGCUCUGCCCAUGGAGGGGCUGGGACUGGGGCUGGAGAAAGCUGAGCUGGGGCAGCCUGAUGGUAGUGGGCUUUGGGACAGGCUUUUGGCAAAGGGACACAGCCAGUCCCAUGGGGCUGCAGCUCCUGGCCCUUGGUCCCUGCCACAGACCUUGGUGCCCUUCCCAGGGUGGCAGUGUCUGCUGUCCCCCAGCAGCCCUAGGCAGCAGCCCCUGACCCAUGCUGGGGCGCAGAGGAGGGCAGCAAGCCCAGCACCGUGGCUCCCAGGCUGCAGGGAUGGAACAAGUGCCACGAUGGUUGGUACUGCUGGAGACCCCGACCCAUGGGGGCUGCAGAGACCCAGCUCUGCUCUGUUGAGCAGACAGACCCACAACAACUGUCUGCUUGGAGCUGGGAGUGUGGUGCUGCAUUUUUGUCCUGCACAUGGCAGCUAGAAUGUGCCCUGUGCUCUGAGGGCUGAUCACUGCCCUCUGCAGAGCUGUUGGGUAGCAGUGGUGCCUCGCUGGGUCUGAGAUGGUUGCAGGGGACAUGUGGCUGAGGGUGGGUAACUUGCACAGCCCAGCCUGUGGCCUUUGCACUGGGCAGCGGUACCUGUUCCAUCAUCGCCUGGUACUGGUGCUUCUGAGAGAUCAAGUCCUGGUGCUUCUGCUCCACUGCAAACAUCUGCAGCUGCAGCUGGGCCAGCCGCAUGAGGUUCAGGUGCCUGCAGUUGUCCAAGUCCUUCUGCAGCGUCUGGAGGAAGGCUAGCAUGUCCUGCUGCUGUGAGUCCUGGCAUGUCCAGGCCUCUCCAUGCUGUGGCUCCAGCACUGCUGCUUCUCUCUGGUCCUAGGACACAGCACGAGCAGCAGCUUGUCUGUGUCAUGUCUGUGCAUGGUACCCGGUGUCAGCCCACCCUGCACCCCUGACAGACACUGGGGCUGGACAGAUGUGCUGCAGGGCCAGGUUCUGGUCAGCAAGCAGCACUGGACUGCUGGGUGCAGACCUCUCCCCGUAUGUCUGUUCAGCCGUCUCCUGGGGGUCUCAGGCACUACUGCUGCCCAGCUCUGCAGCAUGCUGGUGUAACCUGCGGCGGCUGUGAAAAAAUGGUGACAGUUGCACCAGAGCAGCUGCAGAAGAGCCGGAUGCCCUCCCUAAGCCCUCGCACUGUUCCCAGGCCCCAGGGGUGGGCUCUCUGUUGGCACAGGUGAUGGCUGCCCAGGGCCUCCCCACUGCCUGCCCACCAACCUGUGCUGCACACCCACUGCCCAGCACUGCUUACCUGGGACCGACAGGACUCCAUCUCCUGCUGCUGUGGCUGGGUGGGGCUGCUCAGCUCUGCCAUGAUCACCUCUGCCCCUUGUAGGCCUCCCCAGGUCUCCCUAGGCUGGCAUCUCACUGCAGGAACCUCCCUGAACAUUCCAUAUUCUGGUCACGUUCUCUGUGCUGGAGAGACCAGUACAUGGGACAAGACAACCACAGACAGCUCUGGGUCCCAUGGAAGGGGACAGCUAGGGACAUCACCCAGCCCUGCUCACACCAUUGGUGCUGCGGCUCCCAGGAACACCCGCUGCCUGUGAAGUGUGGUACCACUGCCAGGCUGGAGGCACACGGGGUUCACCCAACCCCAGCAGCAUCAGUCCCUCCUCUCCAGGGUGCAGAGCCCCAGCAGUGCCUGCAGCUCUCACCUCCCUAUGCCACACUCCCCCUUGCCCACGCUGCGUCCCCGGCACGGCAUGGCACACUUCCCACUGUAGCCCAGCCCUGGCCUGGUUCUGAGGACAAUGCCUGGAACCAGAACCCGGUGACACAGUGCCUGGCCCAGGUGCUGCACAGCAAAUCACUCCUGGUACCACUGUACCCAGUACUGGCAGGGGCCAAACCUUCUGGCAGCCUCGUGCUGCUCUCAUGUGUUCACACCCUCACAUCUCUGUGCCAUCCUUGUGCCACACUCCAGCCAUGCUGCCGAGGCACGGAGCGGAGCUGUGCUUGGUGCCAUGCCCUGGGAUGGCUGCGUCCCGGCAGGGCUCGCGGAGCUUCACAGUGCUGCCAGAGGAGGGAUCGACUGCAUCGACAGCAGCUGCUGCUCCGUGCUUCUGUCCAAAAAGGUCCAGCUCCCUGCGCACCCAACAGCUCUGGGCAGUGCUUUAGGACAUCUGUCCAGGUAUGCAGAACAUUUCAGAGCUUAGAAGUCCCCUGCACUUUAACUUCCGUUCCAUGGCAGCUCUGUCCUUGCUGUACCUGCCACAGCACUGAGGGAAUGUUGCCUCUGAGCCACCGCUAGGUGUGAUUUCAGUUAAAUCUCAGUAUUUAUUGCCCAUGCUAAUAAUGGAAUGUCCUGAGAACACCGUCUGGUUGUAACCAACUCACUGGCACCAGCGCAGCACCUUUCUCAGCAGCUGCCUUCCCACCACUGACCAUCGGCACUCUGUGCCUUUCCCAGCGCUGCCUGCCGGCUCUGCCGGCUCCGUUCUCUCCAAAACCUGUCUGCUUUGCAGCAAAAAUUUUCCAUGCUGCGCCUUUGCCUGAAGAUGCACUUAAUUCAAAUGUUUGAUUAACCUCCUUUCAACCAUUUCCGAGUUACGGAAUGAGUGGAAAAAUACUCACAUGUAAGAACUGACUGGUGUUAAAAAUAACUCAAACCGCAGGAAAAAUAGCUGCAUUUUUUCAGCUUAACUGGGCUUCGUCCCCACAGGGCCCCACGCUUCCCCCAGAAACAAACACAAAUACAGCAACAUUUGGGUGUGCUCAGAUAGUGAAGCCGAGGCCUGGAAGGGGAUGGAGAGAAAAGAGGAAACUGGAAGGGGAAGAGGAAGGGGAAGGGAAAAAGGAAGGGGAAAGGAAAGGAAGGACUCCCACUUUUUCUCAGCCUCUUUCCCAUUUUUUUGGCUCCACUUCAUUGCUUGCCUUUUCAUCUGUUUUGCACCUUUCCACCCUUUCUCGGUCUCCACUUUCAAGCUGGUGAAAAAGGGUGGGGCCAAACUGAAAAGUGGAGGGUGGAAGGCCACAGAACUGCAGACACCACAAAAGGGGCGAGCGGGCGGCGAGAGGCUGGAAGUCAGGAAAAGAAAGGAGGAUGAACGCGUGGGAGGUCCGAGGCCAGGAGAGGGCUGGGUGAGAGGUGAAGACCAAACGGGACUGGGAGGGGUUAAGGGCAGCCGAAAAGAGCCGGAGCCCCGAGGGGCGCGCGGUCAGAUCAGAUCCCCCCGCCCGGCUGUGUCUGUCCAGCGGCGCCCGGCAGGGGUCGCCCUCGCCCCGCGCUCCCCGCGUUGGCGGCCGUGGCGGCUGUGGCUCCUCCCGCCGGGGCGCGGCGCUGCGGAGGGGAGCGCGGAACCUUUGUUCUCCGGAGCCCUCCGGCAGCCCCCGCCCCGCGCUCCGCCCGCGCCGCAGCGCCCCCUCCUGGGCCCGGCGGGAGUUGCCGUCUCGAUUGGCCGCUCGCGGAGCCGGGGCGCUGCCUCGGUCACGGAAAACGCCCGGCGGGAGCGCGGCGCGGCUCAGAGGCGGCUCGCGGCGGGGCUGCACGCUGCGGCAGAGCGCGUUCCCCGACCGUAUGCGGAGGGCUCCGAGCCGGACCCCGUCCUAUGGCUCCUCGGGGCGCAUGGUGGGGCCCGGCGCCCCUACCGGCACAGGCACGGGCGGGGACGGCGGACAGACGGAGAUGUCACAUCCCGGCCCGAACCUGACGGGUGCGGGGGCGGGGGGGGAAUUCCAUUCCACCAGCAGUGCCCUUUGGGUUCGCGGAAGGGAAAACAGAGCAGAAUCUGUGGAAUUUUAAUGAGCCGUAAAGGUUAUUCCUCUGCUGCUGUAGUGAUAAUUUGCAAUUCUCUGUUCGCAGGAAGAGGGUAUCGGCUCCAAUCACAUCUGGGUACCGUCUGGGGCAUACUGUGUGUGUUUGGCUGCUGAGGAAUAUCAACAAAUACGAAUUAUCAGCAGCGUGGCCAGAGUCUGCAGGGGAGAAAUAACGAACAGGGAAGGUUUGCAUGGCUUUGCAUUCUGCAAUGAAAAUGAUCUCAUUAUCCUUU